UCCGGGGCCGCCGGGGAAGAGCUCCAGGCAGCAGCGGGGAGGCUACGUUCUCCUCCUGUCUUGGGCUGUAUACAUUUUUUUUUAAAGCCGGUGGCCCUCGGUGUUAUUUUGUAUUAAAAUGAGGAGGAGGAGGAGGAGGAGGAAGAAGCGGCGGCGGCGGCGGCGGCGGCGGCAGAAAGCAAUAGCGGAGAGGAAGGAGCAGGAGCAAGGGACGGCGGCGGCAGCAGCAGGAGGAGGAGUGAUGAGUCAACUAAUAAUUUAAUGGGGACAGAGAGAGCGAGCGAGAGGGAGAGAGAGCGAGCGCGAGCAAAGCAAGCUACGUCCGGGGGACACACACUCACAUUCACAGCCCUGUAACAUCCAGCAACAACCACCAAACCGGCCUAAAUAACAAUAAUAGCCAACCGAGGGACAACAAGAAUUUGAAAGCUCACAGGAUUAAUUUUAUUAUUAUUUUUUGGUAACCUGAUUACCCUUCUUCCCACCCCACCCCCUUCAUCUUCUUCCCCCGACGUUCAUUUUGCCUAACUCUUCGGAAGUAUAUUAUUAUGUUUAAUUCUUUUCUCCUAAGUGAAGUGAUUGUUUUUAUAUUAUUUUAUCUUAUUUACUUUUGGUGGUGACUGUGUCUCCUUCUGCCCCCCUCCUCCCAAGCGCAGUCUCUCCGGGUAAAUAAGAAAGGAGAGAUUCUCUGCAUUAUUAUUUUAAUAAAUAGCAAGGGCAAUAGUGAAACUGAUUUUAGUGCCUUUACUUGUAACUUUUCUGUAGCCUUUUAUGUUUUAUGUUUUUUUCUGGGAAGGCUUUAUGCAGAAAGUUUUGGGAUUAGUUUUUUGGGGGGAGAAAGGCAUGCCUUUAGCUGUAUUUUUUGUGUACGUGUGCUCUGUUUUAUUAGAAAAUAAUUGUAAGAGACCAACUCAAUUGAUUUUCUACUUCUAAAAAUAUCAGAAACGCUGUUUCACUCCCUCCCCCCACUUCGUUUUCUUAUUUACACUUUUUUUAAUGAAUGCGGACUUAGACAGGUCAUACCUUUUUGUUAGUAUUACUCUUUAUUUUCUAAAAAGAAACUUAUUACUGUCACUAUUCUGCUGUCUGGUUACAUUUUUUACCUCUCUAGUUUCCCAUUAUUAGAAGCUCUGCAUUUUUAGUACAUUGAUUAUUACCUUUUUUUCCCUUGCUGCCUUCCUCCAUUGGCUACUAUGUUUGGCUUAUGCAUUUCUCCCACCUCUUCCUAGAAAAAAUAGAAUUUUAGGAAGGAAGUAUCCUUCAGGUUUCCAUCAUUUUUAUGGUUUUUUUUUCUAAAAAAAAGGAGUUAGAAAACAUCAGUCUUGAGCUGCUGCUGCUUCUUCAAGAAAUCGUCUGCAAAGGAAGUCUCCUUUGUUUCUGUUAUUUAUAUGCUGUCAAGUUUUGAAGUGGUGAUCUUUAGAGGCGGGACUGAGUAUGGAUCAUUUGAACGAGACAACUCAGGGGAAAGAACAUUCAGAAAUGUCUAACAAUGUAAGCGAUCCGAAGGGUCCACCAGCCAAAAUUGCCCGCUUGGAGCAGAAUGGGAGCCCAUUAGGAAGAGGAAGACUUGGAAGUACAGGAACUAAAAUGCAAGGAGUGCCUUUAAAACACUCUGGACACCUGAUGAAAACACAUACUAGAAAAGGAACCAUGCUUCCAGUCUUCUGUGUGGUGGAACAUUAUGAAAACUCCAUUGAGUACGACUGCAAGGAAGAGCAUGCAGAAUUUGUUUUGGUAAGGAAGGACAUGCUGUUCAACCAGCUGAUUGAAAUGGCAUUGCUGUCACUUGGAUAUUCUCAUAGCUCUGCUGCCCAAGCAAAAGGGCUAAUCCAGGUUGGGAAAUGGAACCCAGUUCCUCUCUCCUAUGUAACAGAUGCUCCUGAUGCUACAGUAGCUGACAUGCUGCAGGAUGUUUAUCAUGUUGUCACACUGAAAAUCCAGUUGCACAGUUGCCCUAAACUAGAAGACUUGCCUCCUGAACAAUGGUCUCACACAACAGUAAGAAAUGCUCUGAAGGACUUACUGAAGGAUAUGAACCAGAGUUCAUUGGCCAAGGAAUGUCCCCUUUCACAGAGUAUGAUUUCUUCCAUUGUGAACAGCACUUACUAUGCAAAUGUCUCAGCAGCAAAAUGUCAGGAAUUUGGGAGGUGGUAUAAACAUUUCAAGAAGGCAAAAGAUAUGAUGGCUGAAAUGGAUAGCCUUUCUGAACUAUCACAACAAGGUGCCAACCACGUCAACUUUGGUCACCAGCCAGUCCCAGGGAACACAGCUGAGCAGCCUCCAUCCCCUGUUCAGCUUUCUCAUAGCAGUCAACCAUCUGUUCGGACCCCACUUCCAAACCUGCACCCUGGACUUGUAUCUACUCCCAUUAGUCCUCAGUUGGUAAAUCAGCAGCUGGUAAUGGCCCAGUUGCUAAACCAGCAGUAUGCAGUGAACAGACUUCUAGCCCAACAGUCCUUAAACCAACAGUACUUGAACCAUCCUCCUCCCGUCAGCAGGUCCAUGAACAAGCCGUUGGAGCAGCAGGUUUCAACUAACACAGAGGUGUCUUCCGAAAUCUACCAGUGGGUGCGUGAUGAAUUGAAACGAGCAGGAAUCUCGCAGGCAGUUUUUGCACGUGUGGCAUUUAACAGAACUCAGGGCUUGCUCUCAGAAAUCCUGCGAAAGGAAGAAGACCCUAAGACCGCUUCACAGUCUUUACUGGUAAACCUUCGGGCUAUGCAGAAUUUCUUGCAGCUGCCAGAAGCAGAAAGAGAUCGAAUAUACCAGGAUGAAAGGGAAAGAAGCUUGAAUGCAGCUUCUGCUAUGGGCCCCACACCUCUUAUAAGUACACCUCCCAGCCGACCUUCACAAGUAAAAACAGCUGUUAUUACAACAGAAAGGAAUGGAAAACAAGAAAACAAUACUAUGAACAUUAAUGCUUCCAUUUAUGAUGAGAUCCAGCAGGAAAUGAAGAGAGCUAAAGUGUCUCAAGCAUUAUUUGCAAAAGUUGCAGCAACCAAAAGCCAGGGAUGGCUUUGUGAACUUUUACGUUGGAAAGAAGAUCCUUCACCUGAGAAUAGAACCUUGUGGGAGAAUCUGUCAAUGAUCCGGAGGUUCCUCAGUCUUCCUCAGCCUGAACGAGAUGCCAUUUACGAACAAGAAAGCAAUGCAGUUCAUCACCAUGGCGACAGGCCUUCCCAUAUUAUCCAUGUUCCAGCAGAGCAGAUUCAGAGCCCCUCUCCCACCACCCUUGGGAAAGGAGAGCAUAGAGGCGCUUUCUUACCAGGCCUGCUGACCACUGGACCUUGGCUGGGUGCUGCUCCCCAGCAGCAGCAGCAGCAGCAACAGCAGCAGCAGCAGCAACAGCAGCAGCAGCCGCCGCCACCGCCAGGUCCCCGAUUACCCCCAAGGCAGCCCACAGUAGCAUCACCAGCUGAAUCUGAGGAUGAAAAUCGUCAGAAGACCCGUCCACGAACAAAAAUUUCUGUGGAAGCUCUGGGCAUUCUCCAGAGUUUUAUACAAGAUGUAGGCCUCUAUCCAGAUGAAGAAGCAAUCCAGACUCUCUCCGCGCAACUUGACCUACCGAAGUAUACCAUUAUCAAGUUCUUUCAGAACCAGCGAUACUAUGUCAAGCACCACGGAAAGCUGAAAGACAACUCAGGCUUGGAAGUGGAUGUUGCAGAAUAUAAGGAAGAGGAGUUGCUCAAGGAUCUGGAAGAGGGUGUCCAAGACAAAAGUACAAACACACUUUUUUCAGUUAAAUUAGAAGAAGAGUUAUCAGUAGAAGGGAACACUGACAUUAAUACCGAAUUGAAAGACUGAUCAAAAAAGUAUUUAUUCAACAGUGUCACUGCUAUUUACUAAUGAAAAUUCCAUCCUGUGUUCUGUCAGCAACCUCGUUAUUCAUUGUUUGGCCAAUGAAUCUUCCAAAACUUGCACAAAAGUUGAGAAAAUUAAGGAUAAUACAGACUGCACUAGAUAUUUUACGAACUGCUUCAGAGCUACAGAUGAAGCACUGAAGAUUGUUUCAUAUUAAUUUGUGUUCACUGGGUACACCAAGGUGUAUCCAAUAAGCAUGAUAUCUGUGGGUUGUUUUUUAAUUAUUAUUAUUAUUAGAGCUUUCAGACAAGCGUUACUUUUGUGAUUUAUUGUUUUAGCUCUGGUUUCUUUUCCCAGUUAUUACUGUUAACACUCCACACUUGAUAUUUGAAAGCUCAUGUUUAUUUAAAUAAAAGGAAAAAAAGAGUUUGUUACUCUUGCUCUAUUGUAUGUUACAAAAGAACUAUAGACUGUGGGAUGCAGUUUAAAGUUAACAUAUGCCAACAAAUGCCUUGUAUUAUAUGGCACUGCCGUAACUCAGAUUUGUUUUCUUUUCACAAAUAAAAGGUCACUGUAUCUUUUUCAUUUUCAUUCUUUGUUACAUGAUUUUUUGAAAACAAAAUGUGAAACACGGUUUAUCCCCAUUAUUUAUUUAUGGAUCCUACAGCAUCAUGUUGUAAUUAAUUUUUAGAAGUUUCCGUUAAAUGUAAUAUUGCUUCUUGUUAUCAUACCAAUUUUUUUCUAUUUAUAAAUGUAUUUUGAUGGGCAGUAAAACAAAGUGUCUUAAAAGUUUUAAAUAGAGAAAAUGUGCUUUACACAGUUGCCUAUAAAAAGUGCUCUAUGUUAUCCAAGCAAUUCAUACUAUAAGCUUCACUCUUAUUGUUGUAUGCAAUUUUUACUAUCAUGCAAAUAAGCUUAGGUAAAUAAAACUAAUAGAUCACCUUAGAAACUUAUGCAAUUAAUGUGAAAAUAAUUGAUGUUUGCAAUGUGUCUUCCUUUGGUUUACAAUCAAUUUUAAAGCUACAGCUGUAUAAAUUUUCUGUAUAAAGGUGUAUUUCUUUUUUAUGAGUUUAUUGCUAUGAAAACACCAGUUAUUUUGUUACAGCUGGCUGUUUUUAUAAGUGUAUCACAAUUUUCUUUAUGCAGAAAUGUUCUGACUAGGAGUGGUUAUUGACUGUAACUACACAAUUAAAAUUGUUUGUAUGGUAUGAUAUGACAGGGUUUGUCUGCUUUAUACAUAUAUUGGAGAAAUGGUA